UCUGCAAAGUAUUAAAAGAAAAUAAAGCAGAUUUACAUUUUAUUUUUUCUUCUUCAAUAUUAAAAUUGUAUUAUUACAAAAAAUAUAAAAAAUUAAUUUAAACUCUGGAAUACUUGAUAAUACUAACUGCAAUAUGCAUCAGGCCUAUGAGGUACAUUCAAUUUUAAAACAAGGCGUUCAUAUAGAGUCAAUAGCCGCCUAUGAUAACAAUGUUAUUUUGGGUACACGCAGUGGCCAAUUGAUAAUGUAUUCGGUGGAUAAAAAUGGUGCCGUCGAUAUGUUGAUGUUUAGCAAGAAUUUCAGCAAAAAGUCCAUUGUCCAAAUGGAAGUGAUUGCCGAAGAGAAUCUACUGUUUGUUUUAACCGAUGGCAUGAUACAUGUAUGCGAUAUUAGUCGUACCGAAAACAAUUUUACUUUUAUACAUAGUUCACAAUUUACCAAGGGCUGUAGUUUGUUUACAUUGGAUGCACAGACCACCAAAACUAUAACCGGUAAAACCGAGACUGUUAUACGCGUCUGUUGUGUAAUUAAAAGACGUUUGCAAUUCUUUUAUUGGAAAUUAAAUAUCUUAGCUUCACCGGAGUUUUCAAUUGAGCUUAAAGAUGUACCCAAGGCUUUGUGUUGGGUACAGGAUCUUAUUUGUGUGGGCUACAAAGAUGAAUAUGUAAUUUACAAUAUAAAAUAUCAAAAAACCGAAAAACACGAUCUUAUUGUAACCUCAUCCUCACACAAUUUAGAUCCUUCUAUAUGUCUGUUAAAAGAUGAUAUUUUAAGCAUCACUAAAGAUGAAUAUCUUGUGGCAAUUAAUCUACAAAACUAUAAGGAACGUAAAGAUGAUAAGACAAAGGUACAAGCUUCUUUGGAGGCUACUGGAGGUAAAGGUAAAACUGCUUUAAAACCCAUGAUGUGGAGUAGUCCUUUAUUGGGUUUAGUAUGGGAUGAACCGUUUGUUGUGGGUCGUGUUGCUAAUGGUAUAGAAGUUCGCUGUUUAGAGGCCAAUGGCAUAGAUAAAGAUACCUUGGUACAGUCUAUACCAGAAUUGAAUAAAACAAAACAUCUAGUGCGUUCGGCCAAAGGUACCAUAUUUGCAGCGGCAAUUUCUGAAUUAUGGUGUAUACGUCUAGUAGAUAUUACUACGCAAAGGCAACAGUUGUUGCAGCAAAAAAGAUUUCAAUUGGCCAUUGAAUUAAUGAAUAUUUCCGAUGAACCUGAAUUAUCGAAAGCAGAAACUGUACGCCAGAUACAUAUGCGUUUUGCCAAAGAGUUAUUUGCUUUAAAGCAAUUUUCUGCCGCCAUGACUGAAUUUGAAAAGGCACAGGCAAAUCCUUACGAUGUCAUACGUCUUUUUCCCAAUUUACUGCAGGAUCAAAGUAAACCAACUACUAGUGAUAGCUUUGAUGCAGCUGUUCCUACUGCAGCUAUGCUGCAGUUAGAAGAUAAAGAUUUAGAAAAUGCUCUUCUGGCCUUAAUUGAAUUUCUGGCAUUGGCUCGUCAAAAAGAGGUGGUUAAACUGCGCGAUACCAAAAGCACUUCGAAAUCAUUAUUGUCUAUUAUUGAUACCACCCUAUUGAAAUGCUAUUUACAAACGAAUGAUUCUUUAAUAGCACCAUUGUUGCGUCUAAAUCAAUGUCAUCUUGAGGAAUCGGAAAAAACGUUAUUAAAACAUGACAAAAUGUCCGAACUGAUUAUACUGUAUCAAACAAAUGGCAAACACAAGAAGGCUUUAGAACUCUUACAAUCACAGGCCACUAAAGAAGGUUCUAGUCUUUAUGGCUACGAAAGAACUAUACGUUAUUUACAACAAUUGGGUGCCUCUCAUUGGCCCUUGAUAAUGGAGUUUUCAGAUUGGGUAUUAAAAGCCAAUCCUGAACAAGGUUUAAGAAUUUUUACCGAAGAUUUUAUAGAAGUGGAAAAUUUGCCUCGUGCUGCCGUCUUGGAUUUUCUCUUGACUCAUCAUAAGGCAUUGGUUAUACCGUAUUUGGAACAUGUUGUUAAUGUAUGGCAAGAUGAAAACACAUUCAUACACAACAUUCUCAUCAAACAAUAUCGUGAGAAAUUGGAAAAUAUAAUAAACGAUUUGGCAAAAGAAGGUUCCAAUCAGAAAAAUGAAUUAAAUGCCGAACUUAAAGUAUACCGUCAGAAAUUAUACGACUUAUUGCAAAAUUCCACCAACUAUUCACCAGAUGUGGUUUUAAAAGAUUUUCCCACUAACAUGUUAUUGGAAGAGCGUGCUUUGAUUUUGGGACGUUUAAAGAAACACGAAAAAGUUUUAGCCAUUUACAUACAAAUAUUGGGAGACGUUGAUAAGGCUGCUAAGUAUUGUGAAGAUAAUUAUGAAGAAGACAAGGAUAUAUUCUUUACAUUACUAAAAACUAUACUAAAUCCUCUAAAGCAACCACCUUAUGAAAAUGUUGAACUACACAAGGAUUUUCUAAAACCUAAUCAUGAUAUUGUUUUGGAAUUACUAAAUAAAUAUGCUCUCAAAAUAGAACCGAGCAAAAUUUGGCCGUAUUUACCCAAAGAUUUGCCCGUAUAUCGCAUACAACAUUACUUAGAUACGGUGUUGCGACAAAAAAUGGCUACACGUAGUCAGUUGGAAAUUAAAAAAGGCUUAUUGGAAGCUCGUCUAAAACGUUGUACUGAAUUGGUGUUGGAACAACAGAAUAUACACUUUGAAUUGACUGAAUUUAGUGUUUGUCCCGAGUGCAAAAAACGUUUUGCCAAUCAAAGUGCCUUUGUACGUUAUCCUAAUGGCAAUGUGGUACAUCUAUCGUGUCAUGAUAAGAAAGUAAUGGCUGCAAAUUUAUUUGGCAAUUGAUUGUGUUGUAGAUGUAUUGCAGUUGGAUCUGUUAUAUUUGAUUUACUAUUAGAUUUAGUUUGAAAAACAUAUAACUUAUUGCUUUGCAAAAUUAUGCAAUUUAGCUUUCAUAUGUACAGUAUAUACAAAAAAAUAUUAAAUAAAAUUUGAAAAAACUAUUUAUAACGCUAA